AUGGCAACCGCCAAAGUCGGAACUGCCACACCUGUUGUCCCUCACUUCAACCGAAGCGAACCUGGCUCUGUGAAUCUCGCUCUUGCUACCUUCCCGAAAGCCACAAAAGAAAAGCCAGAAGAUGUGGACAAUAUCGCACAAACCUUGAUUGACAAGUUCAAUGCAGCCUUGUCCAGCCAAGAUACCCAAGCCAUUCUUGACCUCUUCUUAGAAGACUGCUACUGGCGCGAUCAUCUAGGACUAUCAUGGAACUUCCACACAUUGAAAGGAAAGGAGAAGAUGUCUGACUUUCUCGGCGCAGAAACCAAGGGCUUGAAGAAGUUAACAAUCAACCGCAGCACUGCCUUUCGAGCACCGCACUAUGGAGCUCUAGAUGGAGCUGGAAACAUCAACGGCGUCGAGUUCUUUGUGGAUUUCGAGGCUGAGAAGGGUAUCGGGAAUGGAUUGUGUAGAAUUCUUGAGGAGACAGCUGGCAUGUGGAAGAUCUUCUCGUUGUUCACGACAUUGAAGGAGCUCAAGGACAUUAAGGAAACCACUUACCACAAUCGACCUGAGGGUGUGGCACAUGGUGAGAACAAGAAUAGGGAGAAUUGGUUGGAUAGAAGGAACAAGGACUUGAAUUAUGAGAAUGGCAAAGAGCCGGCUGUGUUGAUUGUUGGAGCUGGCCAGGGAGGAAUGACUGCUGCUGCCCGCCUGAAAGUGCUCGGCGUAGACACACUAAUCAUCGACAAGCUUCCUCGAGUCGGCGAUAACUGGCGCAACAGAUAUAAGUCACUGGUCCUCCACGAUCCAGUCAAAUUCGAUAACAUGCCAUUGAUUGAGUUCCCACCUUUUUGGCCAACAUUUACACCAAAGGACAAACUAGCCGGAUGGUUUGAGUUGUACGCUCAAGCCCUUGAACUUAAUAUCUGGAACAGCUCCAAGAUUAAGUCGAGCUCGUGGGACAAGGAGAAAAAGCAAUGGACCGUGGUUAUUGACCGCACGAAGCCGGAUGGUUCGAAAGAGGAGCGAACUUUUCACCCUCGCCAUGUCAUUCAAGCAACAGGCCAUUCUGGGAAGAUGAACUUUCCAGAUAUUAAGGGUAUGGAUACUUUCAAAGGCCGAAGAUUGUGUCACUCGUCGGAAUUUCCUGGCGUCGAUCAGAAUGCAAAGAGCAAGAAGGCGAUUGUGGUAGGAUCGUGUAAUUCUGGACAUGACCUAUGUCAAACUUUUUAUGAAAACGGGUACGAUAUCACUAUGGUUCAGCGAACAAGUACCUGUGUGGUAUCUUCGAAAGCGAUUACAAAUAUUGCUCUGAAGGGAUUGUAUGACGAUGAUGGCCCUCCUACUGAGGACGCCGACGUCUGGCUGUUCGGUACACCUUCUGCUGUACUCAAGGCUAUCCAAGUAGGUGUUACAGAACUCCAAGGUGAACACGACAAGGAGGUCUUAUCCGGAUUGGAGAAAGCUGGCUUCAAACUUGACAAAGGGCCCGAUGCUGCUGGCCUCUUUUUGAAAUACUUCCAACGAGGCGGAGGCUACUACAUCGACGUCGGCGCCUCACAGCUCAUCAUCGACGGCAAGAUCAAAAUCAAACAAGGAGUAGAAAUCGAAGAGGUCACCGAGAAAGGACUCAAAUUUGCAGACGGCUCUGAGCUGGAAGCUGACGAGAUCAUCUUUGCGACCGGAUACCAGAACAUGCGAUCUGAAGCACGAACUAUCUUUGGAGACGAGCUCGCCGACCAGGUUGGAGAUAUAUGGGGCUUUGACGACGAGGGCGAGAUGAGAACUAUCUGGCGGCCAUCAGGUCAUCCUGGAUUCUGGUUCAUGGGUGGAAAUUUCGCGUUGUGCAGGUAUUAUUCGAGGUUGCUUGCAUUGCAGAUCAAGGCGAUGGAGGAGGGAUUGGUGCAAUGA